GGUUUUGUAAGGGUGAUAGGAGUCCCAACCAAUGUGGGACAGUAGGUGAGCUGAUUUACGAAGUACAGUAUAUAUACGGGCUAAACCAGACAGGUUUUGUAGAUCUCACUGCUUCAGACAGCGUCUUGCUCUGUGUACGCAGGAGUCUUCGUCGAUCCCAUAGUCAAAGGGUGCCCAAGCUAGCUUGCCCACAAUGUCGAAGAAAAUAGUUAUAAGAGCUGACCUCAUCUGCACGAAGAGCACGAGCGAGAUCUUCGCAACUGUUGCCAAGAUCAAGGGGAUCAAGUCCAUCGCCACCGACCCGGAGAAGAACACGGUGACGGUGGUCGGCGCCGUAGACCCGGUACGCAUCGUGCAGCAGCUCAGGAAGGCGUGCUUCGCCGCCACCAUCGUCAGCGUCGAGGACGACAAGCCCCCGGAGAAGAAGACCCCCUGCCAGGAGGCCUGCGAGAAGGCCUGCAAGGAGCGGUGCGAGAAGCUCUGCAAGACCUGCGAGAAGGCUUGCAAGGAGAAGUGCGAGAAGGAUUGCAAGGACAAGUGCGACGACUGCGGGAAGACAUGCCAAGAGGCGUGCUGCAAGAUGUCCCGCUGCACGCCGGGCUGCUACUCCAGCCCCUGCGGCCUGCCGACCUGCCACUACUACAGCCACGGCUACGGCUACAGCUACGGCUACGGCGAGCCCGUGGUACCGCUGGGAUACGGCUGCUACUACGGGAGGCCAUUCUGAGUCCAGUAGCCAUGGAUUCACUCCAUUCUACAAGAUUCCGCUGGAGCGUAGGACGGCAGGAGUAUUAGAUUUCGCCGUGUGUAUUUCAGUAUUUUGUUCAUGCUCUGCUUCGGCGUUGUUGCCAAUUGCUUUUCGUACAGUGAUGUUUCACUUUACUCUGUAACAUGUCGGCUGCAGCAUGGUUUACUUAAGAUUUGAUGCUAUGAGCCAGGGAUUAUUCAGGUGCACCGUGCCUGUUAACUCU